AUGAUCAACAACCGAUAUUGCAAGACUUGUCACUGCGCCAGGCCGCUGCGGUCGAAGCACUGUCCCUUCUGCAAUCGUUGCGUGGAAAAGAUGGAUCACCACUGCCCGAUUACGAUGACGUGCAUUGGUGCGAGGAAUCAGCGCUGGUUCUUCAUG